GAAAUCUUUUCGUUUAUUUUUUUUCCAGAUUUUUUUUUUUUGCCCUUCUCUAUGUUUCAAAUUUCGAUUUCAUCCCGCUCGCUCCCAUUCCAACUUUACUCACCCACACCACACUGUCCUUUAUCUCUCCGAUAUUCUUGUUUUGAUUCAACCUUUUCGAUCUUCAUCUCGAGCUCCAAUGGAGGUCUUGGAGCUUGGAAGACAGAUUCAGGUUUUACUCUGAUGCAUUUGGAUGAUUUAAUCUUCUUUGAGACCUUCAAAUAUGAGAAAAGAAGAAAAUCUCAUCAGGGAAAAUAUUGGAGAAUUUCCUGGUAGAAUUACACGUGCUCGAGCUGCUGCAUUUAGUACGUCAGGGCAGCUGCCUCCAAAAGUUCCUGCAUAUCAACAAGAGAGGCGGGCUGCACGAGCUAAUUUGAAAAGAGCUGCUUCUGAAGAAAAUAGCUGCCCUUCUAUUGCUAAAUCAUCUCGGCCAUGUAAGAGGAGGGCCGUGCUUCAGGAUGUCAGCAAUAUUGGCUGUGAACCUUCGUACUCAAAAUGUUCUAAUGCAGCUAAAAUUGAGACCAAUUGUUGCAAGCCAACAAUCAGAAACCGUAUCAAGAAGUCAAAAGGAGCCUCAUCAGUUGGUGUGGCUAACUCCAAGGUUCCUCUUGGUCUUAGAACCAAAGGAGCUUCAUCAGUUGGUGUGGCGUACUCCAAGCCUCUUGAUCUUAGAACACAAGGUGUACAAGCAAAUGUGAGAUCAAAAGCUAAGUUGAAAGUUGAGCAUUCAAGUAAUUCUGAAGACCAUGAGGAACAUCAUCGGGUCGGUGGUAUAAAGGAAGAGGUCACAAGUGAUUUUCGGGAUGAUAAUUGGAGGUCUCAAAGUCCUUCAGAGUCCCAAAAUUUUCAAAAUAAAGAGAAAGUGUCGUUUAUGGGGACUAGAAGCAACCUGAACAUUACAGACAUUGAUUGUAAUGACAGAGAUACUCAACUGUGCACUGUCUAUGCCAAUGAUAUCCAUAACAAUUUACGCGUUGCUGAGCUAACCAGAAGACCGCGUCCCAAUUUCAUGGAAACAGUGCAGACUGAUAUUACCCAAAGCAUGCGGGGUAUAUUGGUUGAUUGGCUCGUUGAGGUAUCGGAGGAAUACAAGUUAGUACCAGAUACGCUCUAUCUAACUGUAUUUUUCAUUGAUUGGUAUCUCUCCCAAAAUUACAUCGAGAGACAAAAGCUUCAACUGUUGGGUAUCUCUUGCAUGUUAAUCGCCUCGAAGUAUGAAGAAAUUUGUGCCCCACGUGUUGAAGACUUUUGUUUCAUCACUGACAGCACCUACACAAAAGAGGAGGUAUUGAAUAUGGAAGGUCAAGUAUUGAAGCAUAUGGGCUUUCAACUUUCUGCACCAACUGCAAAAUCUUUCCUCAGGAGAUACGUUCGAGCUGCACAAACGACAUAUAAGACCCCUAGUCUUGAACUCGAGUGCCUCGCCAACUAUCUUGCCGAAUUAACACUGGUUGACUACGGUUUCUUGAACUUUCUUCCCUCAGUUAUAGCUGCAUCAGCUGUAUUUCUUUCGAAAUGGACGUUGGAUCAGUCGAGUCACCCAUGGAAUUCAACACUGGAAUACUAUACCUCAUAUAAAGCAUCAGAUCUGAAAAAAACUGUUCUUGCUUUACAAGAUUUACAGUUGAACACCAAUGGUUGUCCUCUUAGCUCGAUUCGCGUCAAGUAUCGACAAGAAAAGUUCAAAGGCGUUGCAACUUUGUCUUCCCCGAAAUUACUCGAUACACUAUUCUGAACCACGUGCUAGACGAAGGCCAACCAUCCACAAUUUGCCAACAGUUACCAUAUAUACUUGAUAUAGAAGCUUGAGAUACUCUUUCUUUGUGAUUAACUCGACAUGUUUAAAGCCUGAGGUCUAAUGUUAAUCCUUACCCUUUCCCAUUAACAUUCUUUUUCUCUUACAUUUUUUGUUUUUUGAAGCUUUUCUGUUUAUAGUUUUGUGACUUUGGUCAUGCUCCUCCCCAAUUGAUAUCGUGGCGGGCGGAGAUAGGCUGUUGAAUAUAUACAUUCACAGAAGGAAGCUUUGUCUGUAAGACCAUGUAGAAUUGCCACCCAAGAUUUUCUUUUAUGUAUUUACUGCUAAUUUUGUUGACAAAGUUCUUAAUGAAUUCUAUUACACACCAGACUUUGUCUCAUUGUUUUGCUCCUUCUAUGCUUAGUUUGUCAAGUUUUGGCACAAGUUUGGGCAUUGUAUUGACGUGGAUAUAAUAAAUUGAUGAUAUGAUGUUCUUUA